UCUUGAGCAAGUAUCAUCUUAUUGAAGUUAUCAGUGAUGGAGGCAAAGGCAGAGGCAGGUGCACACUUUGUGCUGGUUCAUGGGGCAUGUCAUGGAGCCUGGUGUUGGUACAAACUCCUCCCUCUCCUCAAAAAGGCAGGCCAUGAAGCCACUGCAAUAGAUCUUUCUUCAUGUGGAAUUCACACACUGGAAGCUCAUCAAAUUCAAACAUGGUCUGACAUAAAUCAGCCUCUUAUCCAAUUGUUCAACUCUCUUCCUCCCCAAGAAAAAGUAAUACUGGUGGGUCACAGUAUGGGAGGCAUGAGUUUGAGCUUAAUGAUGGAGCAAUUCCCAGAGAGGAUCAAAGCUGCUGUGUUUUUGACAGCAUUCAUGCCUCUCAGUGGGAGUUCUGCCAUGGAAAUGAUAAGUGAGGUGCAGGCCAGAAUUCAGUCAUGGGGAGACACAGAAUUUAUCAUGGGGGAGAAUGGAAUUCCCAUAUCCUUCAAGUUUGGCAAUACUUUCUCAAGGCAAAUCUUGUACCAAAAUUGCCCAACUGAGGAUGUUGCUCUAGGGGAAUUGCUCAGGAGGAAGUUUCCUAUAAUCCAAGGAGAGGUGGUGUUUAGCCAAGAGAGAUAUGGAAGAGUCCCAAGAGUAUAUGUGGUGGCCAAGGAUGAUAAGGCCAUUUGGGAAGAGUUGCAGAGGAAAAUGAUAGCUGAAAAUCCUCCUGAUAGAGUUUAUGAAAUAGAAGGCUCUGAUCACAGUGCAUUUUUUUGCUAUCCUCACCGUUUGGCUGAGAUUCUGGAUGAGAUUUCAAGCAGCUACAAUGGAAUUUAGUGAAAGUUUAUGACCGAAAGCAAAAGAAUAAAGAAUGACAGUAAUUUUUAUAUGUAUACAUGUAUUAAAAUGUUAUUGUACUUUUCUCUCUUAAAGAAUGACGUAGUUUUUAUAUGUAUAAA